AUGUCACUGCUUGAAAUCGUUAAGAAAGUGGAUAAUUUCACUUAUGGCCAGCCACCAAGUGAACUGUACACGUUGGUAUCACACAAUGGGGCCCAAUCCUUGGGGUAUAUUGUUCCCCUUGUUGCUCAGGAAUUGUCAAGAUUCAAAGAUGUCUUUGUCUUUACUUCAAAGACUAUCACAAUACAUCACAAUCUAGACACAAUAGACAAAAGAAAUCAAGCAUUUGCUCGAGUCGCGAGCGAUUUAAAACAAAAUGGGUUUAUCAAAGGCUGGAGAGAUGAAUUGUUUACAAUAUAUUAUCCAACCCAUGAGCCAUAUUUGUUAGUUGAGAGAGCUUUCAGUCCACUUUUAGGAAUAGUGAUGUAUGGUAUUCAUGUGAAUGGUUAUAUUCCUCCACAUUUGUCAAGUGAUGGUGAGAUUAAGUUUUGGAUCCCAAAAAGAUCAAAGACAAAAAGUACUUAUCCAGGAAUGUUGGAUAACACUAUUGGUGGUGGAAUUGGUUAUCCUUAUGGUGUAUUUGAAACAGUUGUUAAAGAAAGUUAUGAAGAAGCAGGAUUUGAUGAAAGUUUCAUAAUAAAAAAUACAAAAGCUGCUGGUACAGUUUCUUAUAUUUUUUGUGACUUGGAAACAGAGUAUGAUCAAUCCAUAGGUCUGGUUCAACCUGAAGUGCAGUAUAUUUAUGACCUAGUUUGUGAUGAAACAGUGGCACCAAAACCAAUUGAUAACGAAGCAGAAUCAUUUCAUUUAAUGACUUUUAAGCAAACUUAUAAAGUUCGCCAACUUUUGUCAGCAACAAUGUCGAAUCUUAGAAAGAGAAACACAAAGUCCUCUGGCAAAAAAGAUCAAAUUGCUACUGCUUCUGCUGGUUCAGAUUCAAUUGAUGAUGUCAAAUUAUUGGAUUCCAUUGUUACAAAGAAAUCAACAAAUGUUGAGAAUCCAAUCUAUAAUCAAGUAACAUUGGCAGUUAUCACUGCAAUUGCAUUCUUUACAAGAUUUUACAGAAUUGACUACCCAAAUGAAGUUGUGUUUGAUGAAGUUCAUUUCGGAAAAUUUGCAUCUUAUUAUUUACAACGUACUUAUUUUUUUGAUCUUCAUCCACCUUUUGCUAAAUUAUUGAUUGCAUUCGUUGGUUAUUUGGUCGGUUAUGAUGGUAGUUUUAAAUUUGACAACAUUGGUGACUCUUAUAUUGAAAAUCAUGUCCCAUAUAUUGCUUAUCGUUCAUUAUCUGCCAUUUUGGGGUCAUUAACAGUUCCUGUUGUUUAUUUAACCAUCAAAGAAUUAAAUUAUUCAAUUCCAACUGCAGUCUUUGGAUCAUUUUUAGUCUUGUUUGAUAAUGCACACCUUGGUGAAACAAGAUUGAUCUUGUUGGAUGCAACCUUAAUCUUUUCCGUUUCAUUAUCAAUCUAUACCUAUAUUAGAUUUUAUAAAGAACAAGCAAAACAACCAUAUACUUUCAACUGGUGGAAAUGGUUGGUAUUAACUGGUAUCUCAUUAUCUUGUGUCAUCUCAACAAAAUAUGUUGGUGUUUUCACUUUUAUCACUAUUGGGUUUGCAGUUGCCAUUGAUUUAUGGAACUUAUUGGAUAUCAGAUCAGGUUUAACAGUUAGACAAUUCACUAGACAUUUCGUUGCAAGAUUUUAUGGAUUAAUCGUCUUACCAUUUGUUAUCUAUUUGUUUUGGUUUUAUGUUCAUUUUGGAAUCCUAACAAAAUCUGGGCCUGGUGAUGGAUUCAUGAGUUCUGAAUUCCAAGAAACUUUGGGUGAUUCACCACUAGCAAAAGAAGCUAAAGAAUUGAAUUACUACGAUGUUGUUACUUUCAAACAUAAGGCCACUAAUGCUUUAUUACACUCUCAUGGUUACCGUUAUCCAUUACGUUAUGAAGAUGGUCGUGUUUCCUCCCAAGGUCAACAAGUUACUGGGUUUAUUGGUGAAGACAUAAACAACCAAUGGAAGAUCUUACCUGUUACUGAUUUCCCAGAAGGUGAUAGAUUAGGUAAACCUGUUCGCAUUGAUGAUAUUGUUAGAUUUUACCAUGUUAAUACUGAUAGCUAUUUAUUGGCACAUGAUGUUGCUUCACCGUUAUAUCCUACAAAUGAAGAGUUCACAACUGUUGAUUUCGAAACAUCUCAAACAAGAUUCAAUGAAACUUUGUUCAAAUUACCAGCUGCAGAUAAAGCAAAUAAGGGAUCUAUUGUUAAAACAAAAGCAUCUUUAUUACGUGUUCUACAUGUUGAUACCACUGUCGCAUUAUGGACUCAUGAUGACGUUACUUUACCAGACUGGGCCUUCAACCAAUUAGAAGUUAAUGGUAACAAAAAAAUCCCAGAUUCAACAAAUACUUGGUUCUUUGAUGAAAUAGUCAAUUUAUCUGAUAGCCGUCAAUUUUAUGUACCAAAACCUGUUAAGAAAGUUCCAUUCUUCAAAAAAUGGUGGGAGUUACAAUUCACAAUGUUUUAUCAAAAUAACCAAUUAUCAAGUGAACAUCCUUUUGCAUCUGAUCCUAUCACUUGGCCUGGAUCACUUUCCGGAGUCAGUUUCUGGACUAAAAAUGAAACAAAAGAACAAAUUUACUUCAUCGGUAACUUGUUUGGGUGGUGGUUAGAAGUUAUAGCCCUAGCUGCAUUUGCAGGGUUUUUUGUUGCAGUGAAAAUUGUUAAUCAAAGAAACAUUGAAAUUUUUACUCCUGUUCAUAAAAAGCAACUUUUCAAUAUUGGAUUUCUAUACAUUGGUUAUUUAUCUCACUAUGUGUUUUUCUUUUUAAUGGCUAGACAAAAAUUUUUACACCAUUAUUUACCUGCUCAUUUGAUUGCCGCUAUCUUAACAGCUGCAAUCUUAGAAUUUUUGAUUGGGAAAGGAAAAUAUUUGAACAUAGUGUUAAUUGUAUUAAGUGUUUUCUUGAUUACUUCAUUUUAUUUCUUUGCUCCAAUUACUUAUGGUAACGUUGGUUUAAACCCAGAGCAAGUCAAAGCAAGAGAAUUUUUGAAUAUUAAAUUACACUUUUCCAAAUGA